AAAUGCACGGAACUGGUGCGAGGCAGAGGGGGUGUACUAGUAGUUAGGGCAAAAAAAGUUGACAAAACAGAACUUGCCAUCCUGUGUAAUUUCAAUUAAAAAAACAUAAAUUUUUACUGGUUUUGGAUUUUAUUUUCAACGCUGCCAAGAUGACCAUGGCAGUGGUUUCGCCAUUCGACUUCAGCGAAGUAAUGAACAAGAACAACAAGAUGCUGAACUACAACAACAACAUACUGAGCUCCCCCCAUCAUGCCAUGUCCACCCCCACUGGAGCCCUGCUGGACAGGGACAGGAAGGCUGUGGGGACCCCCUCGCUGGGCAGAGGGGUGUCUGUGUACCACUCGGUCACCCUUCCCAACCACAACCCCAGCACCAAGUUCCACCAGAACCAGUUCCUCAACAGCCUGAAGAUAUCAGACCCCUGCUCCGUCACCUCCGGGUUAAUCAGUGGCAGCAACAAGGAGAACCGCAUGAGAGACCGCUCCUUCUCUGAGACGGGCGAGAGGCUCCUACAGAAGUGCCUGGGGCCGGCUAGUCCUACCAGCCUGGGAUGCAACAGCCAGAGCCAGCAGCAGAGCCAGGUCAACUCCAGCCGCUACAAGACGGAGCUGUGCCGGCCGUUUGAGGAGAACGGAGCCUGCAAGUACGGCGACAAGUGUCAGUUCGCCCACGGCAUCCACGAGCUGCGUUCUCUCAGCCGCCACCCUAAAUACAAAACCGAGCUGUGUCGCACCUUCCACACCAUCGGAUUCUGCCCCUACGGUCCCCGCUGUCACUUCAUCCACAAUGCAGAGGAGCGCCGUGGACCCCCUCCCGGAUCCUCCUUCUCCCCGCUCUCCUCCAAUAAGCUGGAGCGUCCCCGUCUGCAGCACAGUUACAGCUUCGCAGGGUUCCCCAGCUCCGGGGGUCUGAGAGGAGAGGACAGCCUCACCCCUACACCCAUGUUCUCCCCAGAAGAGAUACCCGAGUGGCCAAGCUGCAACCCCUUCACAUAUUCCAGCCAGGAGCUGGCCAACCUCUUUGGCCCCAGCCUGGGAUCCGGCGGCCCCACGGGGACCGAACCCAACACCCCUGCACCCCUGUCUCCGACCAACACCCCCUACUUCUUUAGGCCCAUGUCGGAGUCCCCCACUCAGAUGUUUGAGUCUCCGUCCAGCCCUCCACAGGACUCCCUGUCAGACCAGGAGGGGUAUCAGAGCAGCUCGGGGGGCAGUCUCAGCGGGUCAGAGUCCCCCAGCCUGGACGCCAACAGACGCCUCCCCAUCUUUAGCCGCCUCUCUGUCUCUGAUGACUAGACUGCUCCUAAUUCAUGUAUGUUAUCUGUCGUCUCCCAGAAAGAGAAAAUGAAUGGAAAAUGGCACUCCCCUCUACCAUGUUCCCCUACCCCUUUCCUCCACAAAACAAUAUCAAUUUAGUUCCUAGUUGGAAUGAUCUAAGGAUAAAGUGACUUAAUUAAGGGAACUUGUUUUCAAAUCACCCCAGAUAUCUCUUCCCUGCUGUUUACUCCACUCCCCUCAUAGAGCCUACCCCGUCUUCUGGCAUAGUGCCAAAACGGGAGAGGAAAUGAAUGAACAAUGAGAAUGAUGGUGUGAGAAAAAAAAGAAAAAAAGAAGAGAUUGUUAGACUGUUGUUUUGCCAGGUGCCACCUGUCUUUCUGUUCUUGAACACUUAGCAGUGCUAGUGGGCCUUUGGCACGGGGAGUGUAUCAUCGCACCACAUGCCCCACUCUUCCACCACCAUCCUCUGACGUUACCACCUCUCAAGCACACUUCCCUGGUCUACUCUGCGCUGAGCUAGCUGGAGGGUGCUCAUUAACACAUCCUGUCCUCAGAUCAACCCCAGCUGUUUUUACUAUAGACUUUGAGCAACAACAAAAAA